GGGUGGAGAAUUUUGGGCUGAAAAGAAUCAUAGACAUUUGGGUUCUGAUGCAGCCAGAAAACAACCGCUCUCGAGGCAUCAAGGACAGCUUCAUCCGUAGGUUCACCCAGCAGAGUCUGGGGGGCUACUUUGGGCUGAAGAGUUACGCUAAAAAAACAGAGGACCGUGAGUUGGAGGGCAAACUCUCCAUGGUGGAGAAAUACAACAGCUCAAUCCCUGAGCUGGUGGAACGCCUCUACAGCUGCACAACUCUCCAUGGUGGAGAAAUACAACAGCUCAAUCCCUGAGCUGGUGGAACGCCUCUACGGCUGCACAGAGAGAGAGGCCCAACACGCAGAUUUUAUCCUGGGGACAGUACAUAAGUCAAAGGGUCUGGAGUUUGACACGGUGGUUAUCACUGAUGACUUUGCUAAGGUGCCCUGUGCCGCCCACAACUUACCCAGACUUUCCAGCUGCUCAGGAGGUGACAUCCCAGACGAUGAGUGGAACCUGCUGUAUGUGGCGGUGACUCGGGCCAAGAGCUCUCUGGUCAUCACCAAGAACAUCACCAACAUCCUCACGCUGGCUGGGGAGUACUUCCUGAGGACAGAGUUGACCAGCGCCCUGCUGACCGAGGGCCAGCCACCCUGCUGCUCCGUGCGGGAGUGUCAUAACCACAUCAUGCCCGACUGGCCCCUCGCCAUGUGCAAGCUGCCACUCCAAUACAUGGAUAGUGCAGACGAUGGAGGUCCUAUGUGUGGGGCGUGUGUGUUGCAGCGUAUCGGCCCCACGGCCAGUCUCCUAGCCUCCCCAGAACUGCUCAAGGUCCUGCCAGUGACGGAGGAGCGCCUGAACCUGCCCAUCAACUACGCUUUGCUGAUGGCUCUCUUCUGAGGGGACACGCUCACGUACUCACACACUUAACAUGCUGCUUGAGCUGUUCUGAAAACACACCCACACAACAUGAGACAUGAACCUCUCCACUGAUGUUGUCUUGGGGAAAAAAUCAGUCUGCGAAAUAGGCAUUUGAACUAGCCAAUUAUGGACCAGAAGGUAACAGUGUGGAACAGAGUUACUCAGCCAAUCUCCUAGAGACACUGACAAUGUGGUACCCUUGAUGAUGAUUGGCCUAGAGCUGCCCCCCAUGAUCUCUGUUAGUCUAAAGGUGUGUUCCUUGCUAAUUUGGAUAAAUGUUUGGGGCACAAUGCCAUUGUGAAAUCUAUAUGUCUUGUUUUUUAGUGGUUAUAUUUUGCUGCGAAGAAAAUGCACAAGUUCAGUCCUGUCUUUAAGUACGUCUCAUUUUCUACUUUACUUUUUAAAAUCUGUUUUUAUUUGUGAUGUCUUUUAAAAUUAUAACAAAAGAAACAUUUGUCUUCAGUUUGAGUACUUUGAGGUUAACAACAUAAGCAUUAUCAUAAGUCAUGUCCAUUGUUUCCAUAAAGACACAGUUGCCAAUACUCUAAUGGAAAUGGUAAAGACAAGUAUUUGUGGUUAAUUUGGAAUGCAAUAUAAAGUGCAAACUACCAUAUAAGGAAUAGGUGCCUUUUGGAAUGAGACCUGUGUCUGUGUUUGAGAGGAUCAAUACCGCUAUGUUUCAUGUCUACAUUGUUUUCCUGUGUUUGUAAUCAGAUUGUACAACAGCUGAUAUUUUACAGUUAACACUGUAAAAGUGGCAAUCAGUGUUAUUUCCUGGCCCACUAUGUUAACGUGGGUCGUACUGGGGUACGGAUUAAAAAAUUCCUCAAUCUGCCAUUGACGCCCAUUCAAAUUAUUCCUAAAGUUGCCUAGUCCAAUCUUGUUCAUUCUCUAAAAUAAAUGCCAUGUUUUCUCA